CUAGGACACAACCAAUGGUCAGCGAAAAUAAACCUGUCGGUCUUCCAAAACGCCCUUCGAACGCUAUGUCUUGCUCGGCCUACAGCUCGAAACGCACAUCUGAACUCUGCUCGACGUUCUCGAGGUAAUCCCAAUCGAGUAAUUUACCGACUACGACGAUUUCUCGAGCAGACUUUGGCGCUACCUACUUGUCUCGUUCAGCCAAUUCUGCACUGGAUAUCACCUCAAUUUGGUUCUACGUGCAACCGAGAAUCAGGUGGUUUUCAUUUGACCAGUUCUUGCCAAGUUUUCUCAAGAAAGGACUGCGCUUACACUCUGUGUCGUUCGCUCUGUCCGCAGCAAGCUACGUUAUCACAAAGAGCCGAAAGUGGAACACCGGGGAAAAGCUGGCAAACACUGUAUCAAAUUAUAUUGGAGCUAGUGACGCGCGGGAUAGGCGUCAACGCCCGCAGUCCCGCCGAGUUUAACUUUGGGAAGUCCUAUCCUUCAGUAAGCACGUAAACAUGGUAACGUAUUGCAUAGGUCUUGCAUUCAUUCGCGGCAAAACGGGGGCAGGUGGGGCGAGCUUUCCAAGGGUAUCGUCCAAUUCCGAUCCAAAGUGCGAGGCUGAACGCAGACAAUAUCAUAUUCUGGCCUUGGAAGAGCAGAGAAACAACCUCGUAUUUUCCGGCACCUCGUACGCACAUUGUUUUCCCGUAUUUUUACCAUGCUGCGCCUCGCACUCGUAUAUAAACACUCAUAUCGCAGUUACCUGCCGAACAGACAGCGAACGCUUGCGUGCUUGCCACCUCCCUCUCAACGACGCAGACCACAACUACUAUCAGCCCUUUCAGCACGAUGAACGGCGAAUCCAAGGACUCCGCUCCUACUCCGUCCUUCGUCUCAAAGAAUCAGCUGGUCUUCGACAAGAUCCCCAUCGUCGACUGGGCCGUGUCCGAGUCCGACCCUGCCAUAUUCUAUGAACAGCUUCGCAGCGCAUUCGAGGACGUCGGCUUCGGCAUGUUCAUCAACGUCCCUGGAUUUGACGACGAGUUCCAGCAGAAGAUUUUCGCCCAUGCCGAUCAGCUGUACAGCAAGCCACAGGCAUGGAAGGAUGCUAUAUCGACAGCCAAGUCAAAUGCUCUGCGGGGCUACUUCCGCGGCGAUGAUAUUGCAGGAGACAACAAGGCGCACUCUGAAGGGUAUCGAUUCGGAACCGAACUCCCGGUGCCGGUGGCGCAAGGGGACGAGGAAAUUCCGUUCUACCGGAAGUUGCAAGAAGGCCCCAACCAAUGGCCCGCGGAGGCCGACAUGCCGGGAUUCCGGCUGGCCAUCGAAACACUAUUCGAACGUUACAUCUCGCUCAAUCUCAAGCUCAACAAACACAUCUGCACCCUUCUCGACAUCCCUGAGGCGGUCCUGGACGAGUAUUACACGGAUUUCGUCGACUUCACGAGCGUAAUCUGGCACUACCUGCCGCUCACGCCUGAGAUGCAGGCGACGGCCAAGAAUGGAUUCGUCAAGGGCAUGCACGAGCACCGUGACCCGUCGACGUUGUACAACUGCCUGAUUCAGUCGCGCCCUGGGCUGCAAGUUCAGAAUCACGCUGGGGAGUGGAUCGACGUCCCUCUGGUCAAAGGCGGUGUUGUCUGCAACAUUGGUCUGCAGCUGAUGAAGCUGACUGGCGGGAAGUUCGUUGCGACGACCCACCGCGUCAACACCCUGAAGAUCGACAAGGACCGCUACACAAUCCCGUACGCGUUCUCCACUCGCCUCGAGAAGCCUGUGUUGCCGCUGCCGAAGUUCGUCGGCGGCGACGCUGCCAAGUACCACGUCCCUCCGAACCCCAAGAUCGUGAGGUUGCUGAGCAUCGAGAACCCGUUGGUACGCGGCGGUUACGCUCGUUUGACCCUGUUCCCGGCGGCUUCGAAGAAGCUGUAUCCGAAAGAGUGGGCUGAGGCUAAGGAGAUGGGUAUUCUCUAAGUCUCGUGCUGUCUAUUAGCCCUCGUGAUUGGAAACUAUGUCGCUAUGUUCUUAUGCCCUGUACUUAUAUCUCCGUCUAUUUCGGCUCCAGUGUACCGUCCUGUAAAUUU